AUGGCUCCGGGACGUCUCCAAGGCAGAGUGGCCGUUGUCACAGGCGCAGCGUCAGGGUUUGGCAGAGGCAUCGCCGACAAAUUCGCCAAGGAGGGAGCCAAAGUCGUCGUCGCAGACGUCUCAGAAGACGCCGGCAAGGCGGCAGCGUCCGAGCUGGGCGGCGUCUUUGUCAGGGCGGAUGUCACGAAAGCCAGCGACUGGGACGAGCUGCUGGCCGAGGCCUUGAAGGCGUUCGGGCACCUGGACAUUGUCGUCAACAACGCCGGUGCCGCUUACCCGAAUAAACCAACAGAGGACGUCACCGAGGACGAGUUUGACUUGGUCUUCGACGUCAACGUCAAGUCAUUCUACAUGUCAGUCAGCGUCCUGCUGCCAAAGUAUUUCCUCAAGACGAACCGGCCUGGCUGCUUCAUUCAGGUCGCUUCUACAGCUGGCAUUCGACCUCGCCCGCGCCUGACGUGGUACAAUGCCUCCAAGGGAGCCGUCAUCACAGCGACCAAGUCCUUGGCCGUGGAGUAUGGGCCCCGACAGAUUCGUUUCAAUGCCAUUUCGCCCGUCAUCGGCAGCACUGGAAUGACGCACCUGUUCCUGGGCAAGCCUGACACAGAGGAGAAUCGGGCAGGCUUUGUUUCAACCGUUCCUCUGGGACGACCGUCUACACCCGCAGAUGUCGCCAAUGCUUGCUGCUAUCUGGCCAGUGAGGAGGCGGGCUUCAUUACUGGCGUGAACAUUGAGGUGGAUGGUGGACGGUGCGUGUAA